AUGUUUUAUAAAAAUAAUAUGGCACUCUUUUAUUAUAAUGGUCAAAGCGGGCCUCUGGGCGAUGUAAGAGACGGUGGUGGAUAUCCAGUUAGCUCACUUGGGAAGAGUUUUGCAAGAUAUACUACAUAUGAAGGGCAUCGUCCUCAAAGAAAUACUCUCUGCCUGGUUAGUGCUUCAACUGGAGGAGUGUGUCUCCCUAACUGAGAUGUUCUAGUUGGGGGUAAUGUUACUUUCGGUGGAAAUGUUUCUCUGUUAAACCUUACUAUAGGGGGGUUUAAUCCCAAUCUUCUCGCAUAA